CACAACGCCUCGCGAGCUCCGCACCCGCGACGGCGCGGCGCCGGCCUCCCCCGCCGCGCAGCAGGUGCCGCGCGGCAAGAGCGCGUCUCACAGGAGAGCACCACGCCCGGGCAGCGGCCCGGCGCGGCCUCGGCGGCCAGGGACUGCGAGGCCGACGAGGAGGCCGCCCGCGGGCUGCCGCAGGGCUGCCCCCCGGGCAGCAGCCUGCCGCGCACGCCCGUGCGAGGCACCAUUCUUGUGGACGUCUUCAACCCGAACCCUUUUAUGUGGGGGGCUCAAAGGGCGGCCAUGGCCCCCGACGCGCCCCGCCGCAGCCCCGAGCCGAAGAAGCGGCGCCGCGCGGGCGGCGCGGAGGCGCCGGGCGCGGAGGCGCUGGACCCGCAGCCGGCCGCGCCCCCUGCGGAGGGGCCCGCCGCCGCCGAGGGCGACGUCGCCGCCCCGGCGCCCGCGGCGGCGGCCGCGGGGCUGGGCGGCGGCGAGGGCCGGCCGGCCGCGGGCGGGCGCGGCCUCCCGGAGGUGCUCGCCGCGUGGGAGGCGCUGCAGCCGAGGCUCGCGGAGCUGCGCGGCGCCGCGGCGGCCCAGCGCGCGGGGUGGCAGGAGCUGCUGCGCAGCGCGCAGCGGGCAGCCGCGCGCACAGACGCCGAGCUCGCCGCGGAGCAGGCCGAGCUGGGCGAGCGGCGGUACGGCCCCCGCGCCUCCCACUUCUGCACGCUGCCGCCCUCGGUGGCGCUGCUGGUGCAGCUGGGGGCGCACAACCCCGAGGAGGCGGCGUUCGCCAGGGAGCUCGAGGCGGCCUGCGGCGCCGUGGCCGAAGUGAAGGGCCAGCUGCUGGCCCUCGUCAAAGCCGCCAAGGACAGGGACGACCGCGACGCCCUCCGCGACCUGGGGCCGCGGCUCGCCGUGCUCUCGAAGGAGAUGAAGGCGCUGGGAGGGCUGGACGGCGACGUCGGCAAGCGGCUCACCGUCGCCUCGCGCCGCGUGACGCAGUACCGGUCGGGCCAGGAGGUGCGGACUGUCGAGCCAGACGGAUUGGGGCACGUGGAGCCAAGCUUCAAUGGGUACAUAAAGAUUCUGGACUAUUACAGGCUCAGCGACGCGGCCAGCUACAGCUUCGGCCGGCAGAUGGCAGGGCCCCAGCACUUCACGGACAUCCGGCGCAAUGUGGCCGUCCUAGAGGUGUGCGAUGAUGCCGGGGCGAGCGUGUAUAACGCCUUCGCCGUCAGCGGAGUGGACGCCGUGGGGGCUGAGCCAGGCCCCGCGGGGAGGCGGCUCUUUACGGCGCAGAGUGUGGCGGACGGACUGGGCGAGACCUACAGCAGGGAGCACGACGCGGAGUUCAAGCUGUGCGCCCAGUUCUGCGAGCGCAUCGGCGCCGGGUCGGGCACCUCCGCGCGCUGGCGCGGCAGGGCCGUGCUCUUCUUGGAGGCGGGCCUGGUCGAGACCACGGGCGGCUCUCCCUGCUCGGCCCACCUCCGCUCCAGACCGGUCCCCCGGACCCCGUUCUGGGUCCACCCGGAUCCGUUGCUCGAGGCGGAUCCAGCCGAGGCGGCAAGGAGCUUGCCUGCAGAGAGCCCAACCCUGAG